UUAUACAAGUACUUUUCAAUCGGUGUCAACAUUGGUUUCUGGUUGUUACACUUGACCAACAUCAUUUACAAUUAUUCAACUUUGCAACGGUUCAUUCUUCAGAUGAUCCAUGUAAUUAUGCUUCUUGUAACUUAUUGUCCAUUAUUAUUCAGUGCUCUUUGGCUUUUACUAAUGAUGGCAGUUGUGAGCUUUUUCACAUGCAAUGUAAUUGAUUCGCUAAAAGCUGAAUGUGAUGAAUUGGUUUCAGUAGGAAAUUACACUUGUCAUCAUGCAGAGUCUUUUUUUUACAAGCAAAGUUUACUCAGCAAUUGGAUCGAUUGUGUCAAUGCUCAAGUGGCCUGGAUAUUCACGACAAUCUAUUUGUAUGGAGCUUUCCACAACAUCUUGAUCUUUUUUUACGUAACUCAGUUCACAUUUGACAAUUUAGAUGUCAAAUUGUUUCUCAUCUUUUGCAACUCGUUGAUAUUGAUUGUAAUAUACGGAAACAACUAUGCAUGGACACUUAUUGGUCAAAAGGCAAGUUUAUUGCAUCGAUCAAUUUAUCGACUUUCAAUCGAUACUGGAAAAUCUUUUAACCUAAAAGUUGCUCUAAAGAAGCUUCAAGCGCUAGAACGACUUGCUGCACGUAAAAUGGGAAUUUAUAUUGGUAAUUACAUUUAUGUUGACAACUAUUAUACUUUACUUGUAAGAAUCUUUUCAUUCAAAUGA